AUGGCGUCUAUGUCUAGAUUGGUUCUCCAAGAUUGCAAUUUACAGCCAUGUGAAGCCAUCUAUAGGCCAGGCUCUUGUUUCCUUUCCAGGAGGCUAAAAACUCAUCUGGAUCCAAGAGGUGGGAUUUCUGUACCCGGGAAUGGAAGAAUUUGGGCUAUUCUAAACGAGCCAAGAAGUCCAGUUGUGGCCCUCACUCCCCUUUCAUCUCCAUCAAUCAUUCACUCUUCAAGGAACUCCCGAGUUUUGUGUAGGACUGCUACAAAUGAAUUUGGUGAUGUUCCCAGCAGCAGCACACCCAGUGGGCUGAGCCAGUAUGAAAGGAUAAUUGAAACUCUGACAACUCUUUUCCCUCUAUGGGUCACGUUGGGCACCAUUCUUGGUAUUUAUAGGCCGGCUGCGGUUACAUGGUUGGAAACAGACCUCUUCACCCUUGGCCUCGGCUUCCUCAUGCUUUCAAUGGGACUGACUCUGACAUUCAAAGAUUUUGAACGAUGUUUAAGAAAUCCAUGGACUGUUGGUGUAGGGUUUCUUGCUCAGUACUUGAUCAAACCUCUGCUAGGCUUUGCAAUUGCAAUGACAUUGAAAUUGUCAGCACCUCUUGCAACUGGUCUCAUUCUGGUCUCCUGUUGCCCUGGAGGUCAGGCAUCCAAUGUUGCAACCUAUAUAUCAAAGGGGAAUGUAGCACUAUCGGUUCUUAUGACGACAUGUUCAACUAUUGGAGCUAUUAUCAUGACUCCUCUCCUCACUAAGCUUCUUGCUGGCCAGCUUGUUCCAGUUGAUGCUGCAGGGCUGGCUAUCAGCACCUUUCAGGUUGUUUUGGUGCCAACUAUUAUCGGAGUUCUUUCGAAUGAAUUCUUCCCUAAGUUCACUUCGAAGAUAGUCACAGUUACACCUUUGAUUGGAGUUAUUCUCACAACCCUACUCUGUGCAAGCCCCAUUGGGCAAGUAGCAGAUGUCUUGAAAACCCAAGGAGGACAACUGAUAAUGCCAGUGGCUCUCCUACAUGGUGCUGCAUUUGCUAUUGGUUAUUGGGUGUCAAAAAUAUCAUUUGGUGAAUCCACCUCUCGUACUAUAUCUAUAGAAUGUGGGAUGCAGAGCUCUGCACUUGGGUUUUUGCUUGCCCAGAAACAUUUCACUAACCCCCUUGUGGCUGUGCCCUCAGCUGUUAGUGUUGUUUGCAUGGCGCUUGGUGGGAGUGCUUUGGCAGUAUUUUGGAGGAACAGGCCAAUUCCUGUUGAUGACAAAGAUGACUUCAAGGAAUGA